AUCCACCACCAUCAAUGCUUCCUUCUCCCGCCGUUGUUCCAGCCUGAUCAGAUUCGUUCGCCUAUCCCAUUGCAGAGUCCACGGCCCUGGUCCUCUCUCGUUCUCGGUAGACCUCCCUACCGCCGCCUUUACAAGCCUCUGCAACUCUCUAACGCAGUCUUGCAGACUUAUUUGAAAGUCACCAAUUAAGAAACCGGUUCUGGACCUCGAGCGUCACUGUCCUUGCACUGAACAUUCAACGCUGUCGACUAAGCCAUCAUCCGACAAACUGGCACCGAGCAGAGACCAGGUCAACCCGCGUGAAACCGUGCACGACAUCAUCCAACCUCUGCUCUUCGACUUCAAUUGUCCAUUCCUUGUUGCAAACUGCAAAGUACACCGCACGCAUGCUGUUCCUGCUCACUCGACCUCGGCCGGUACUAUCUCUUCGUUGAGCACAAGUCCUGCCGCAGUCCCUCGGUCUCCUGUCUCAUAAUUGUAAAUUCACGACACAAAGUGUAACCGAGCCUUCGCAGGCGGUUCUAGACAAUGGCUUCAAGCCAGGAAAACGGCUUUUACAGCGCAGGUCAAUUCAUGAACCCCGGCCCUGCUCCUCGCCCUCCUACAGACCGCCCUCGACGUCUCGAAUUGCAACGUUCCAACUCUUCCAUCCCUACCUCGAGCUUUGAGGCCAUGUCCUUGAAUGGCCCAAGUUCACCCGCCGUCAACACCCCCAGCGCCCCUUUCUUUUCCAAUGGUAGUUCUGUAUCGCUGGCAGGGAGCGGAAAGACUUCAGGUCCGGUAACCAUUAUCAAGGAAGGACAUGUGCGCUGCAAAGAGGACAAAUUUCUCGCACAAUGGAACCAGAGAUACCUCAUCCUCCGGGAAUUCAGGCUGGAUUUCAUGAAGAGCGAAAAUGGAAAGCUGAUGCAGUCGAUUCAACUGAACACAGUGACUGGUGUGACACGUUCCGAAGAGACUCGCAUGGCUUUCGAAAUAUCUCGAAUCGCCAAUCCCAAGGACGCCGCCGGAAAAAUCGUCAUGAGCCGAGAUCUGCCGACCCGUACCAUAACCUGCGAAGUACGAAAUGACGAUGAAAUUUACGACUGGAUUGACAAGAUCUACGAGCGAUGUCCUGGCAUGGGAGGCGUGAGUAACCCGACCAAUUUCAGCCAUCGGAUCCAUGUGGGCUUUGACCCUCAGACUGGCGGCUUCGUUGGAUUGCCUCAGGAAUGGGAAAAGCUGUUGAAUAGUUCUGCCAUCACGCGGGAUGAUUACAAGAAGAAUCCUCAAGCGGUCAUCGAGGUGCUUCAGUUCGUUUCAGAUCAGAAAAUGCGAGACCAGCAUCCGGAGAUGUACACUCCUGGCAUGGUGACACCGCCUGCUGCGCAACCAAACAAGCAACUUGGCUAUCCCACAGGCGGCAAUUCCGUUGCUCCUCCAAGACCAGCACCUCCUACCGACGCACAGCGCUACAAUGCCAAUCAGUUCAUGAACAAGUAUCAAGAUAGUCAGCCAAGAGUCGGAACUCCGCCCAUCAAACCUCAACUACAACGAUCCCAGACAGAUAAAGGAUCAUACGAUAUGGAGGCCGAUGCUGCACGGAUCAAAGAGAUUGCUAAUCAAGAACAGAAGCGUCGUCAAAUCGAGGCCGAGGCCAAGCGAACACGGGAUUUGGAGAGGCAGCGGGAACAAGAGCGGGACGCGUCUGACCGCGACCGGAAAGAGCAAGAAGCAUACAACGCCUCACUUCCAAAGACUCGUCCGCCUAUCGCUCAGCAAGAGGUAGGAGGUUUCAGCGGUAGCACUACACCCAACAAACAAGAUCCGAGAUACAACCCUGCGCGGGUUGCUCCAAGCGCUCCACAGCAAUCCUCUUCAGGAGCCAUGAGGCAACAGCCACCUGCUGUUAGACCUGCCCCUUCUGCUCCUUCGACCAGCACUUCGCAGAAGUCCAUCCCUCAGUCUGCCUCUGCCGGUCAGACAUCCCUACGUUCUCCUGACAGCAGGGAUCGAGAUCGACAGCCAUCACCGAAUGCACGAUAUCAACCAGAGCGUGAAGCCCCGCGGAAAGAUGCACCUCCUAAGCAGCAGCCCAAUGGUGUCAAUGGCCAGUCCCCGACCAGUCGGUUGCCGGGGUCUGUGCAGCAACCCAAGCCCUUGAACGUGGCCAAACAAGCACCGGCCAAGGCUCCUACAGACCCACGGAAAGAAGCAGAAAUCGCAUUGACUGCCAAGAAACCCGUUGAAGAACGAGCCAAGGAGGUUCGGAUGUCCAGCAUGAGCGAAAGCGAAGUCAUGGCCAAGCUGAAGCAAGUGGUUUCGAAGGACAACCCGAAUGACUCGUACAGCAAACAGAAGAAGAUCGGCCAAGGUGCGUCUGGCUCAGUGUAUGUGGCAAGGGUACGAGAAAGCGCUACCUCAGGAGUUGCACGAGAAUUGUACCGCACUCACGGACCAAAAGGUCAAGUUGCCAUCAAACAAAUGGAUCUCCGGAACCAGCCGCGGAAGGAAUUAAUUGUGAACGAAAUUAUUGUCAUGAAAGAUUCGAAGCAUCCCAACAUCGUCAACUUCCUGGAUUCGUUUUUGCAAGAACAGAAUAAUGAGCUGUGGGUGGUGAUGGAAUUUAUGGAAGGUGGUGCUCUCACCGAUAUUAUCGACAACAAUCCGGUCAUCACGGAAGAUCAGAUCGCAACCAUCUGCUUCGAGACGUGCAAAGGCCUUGCUCAUUUGCAUUCUCAGGACAUAAUCCACAGAGAUAUCAAGAGUGACAAUGUGUUGCUCGACCGAGUCGGCAAUGUCAAGAUCACCGACUUUGGCUUCUGUGCCAAGCUCACCGAAUCAAAGAGCAAGCGCGCGACAAUGGUCGGCACACCGUACUGGAUGGCGCCCGAAGUUGUCAAGCAGAAAGAAUAUGGCCCCAAGGUGGACAUUUGGUCUCUUGGUAUUAUGGCUAUUGAGAUGAUCGAGUCAGAACCACCGUAUCUUAAUGAAGAGCCAUUGAAGGCGCUCUUCUUGAUCGCAACAAACGGUACGCCUCGCCUGAAGAACCCCAACAAGCUUUCCCGUGAACUUAAGGCGUUCUUGAGCGUUUGUCUCUGUGUGGAUGUUAGAAGCAGAGCCAGUGCAGACGAAUUGUUACGGAACGACUUUAUGCGCAUGGGGUGCAGUUUGGCGAGUUUGAGUGAGUUGUUGAAGUGGCGAGAAAAGGGACGACAGUGAUUGCAUGCAUCUGAAGGGGAUUCCAUGUCCGGCGCAUCAUUGAUCUAAAGAUAAUGGCGAAGCAGGAGCAUAUUGUUAUGGCGGCUUGUGCAUACUCAGAAUCGAUCCAAUCACCAGCUUGGAUAUGCGAUGAGUUGGAUUUUUAUACAGGACCGAAAAAGCAGGUGUCGAGGACGGCCGGGGAGGCGCAUCAGCUACAAGCAGCGAUUGAGGAAAGGCGUGCUGGCGCUACAGCAGCCGACGGUGCUGCUGCUAGUCAGAACGGUCAAGCUGAUGCAGAACGGACGCAGGAGAUUCUAAAGGGCUUGAGCAGAGGAGAUGUCAGCUUUGUGUGCUAUCUUGCGUGCGAUACAUAGUGACUUGCACAUUCAGCCAUGAGAGACGAAGCGAAAGAUUAGCUGGGUAACGAAAGAUGAAAGAUGAAGAGAUGCUUUUUAACGACGAUGAAUUCAUGGAAAAGUCAAACCUCGACUCCUUGUUCCCG